AAAAAAACUAGACCCGUGAUAAUAAUACCUACUCGUAAUUCUUACUUUAACAUUUUUCAAAAAUCAGGAGAGAGAAAGGUGAGAGGAGAGAGAAAAGAAGCUAUGGUGAAUCUAAGAAGGACAGUUGAUGAAGAAGGAUUUACAUCGGUAAGAAGAAGGAGAUCACGAUCUUUGACAAGGGUUUGUGAAGAUAGAAGGGGGUAUGAAGAAAGCAUGGGUAGGAAAACAGAUCUAAAAUCAAGAAAAGGUGACAGUGUUAAGAUCGAAAGAAAAGUUAUUGGAGGCUCAAUGGGAAAAACGGGUACGUGAGAUGUUCUUCACCUUGCAGUUUGGUCAGAGAUUAAGAUAAGUUUCUGUUGGUUAAGUUACAAGGCAGGGUUAUGGUUUUCUAGACUUCUUAAGAGGGAAGCUAAUGGUUGAAAUGGUAAGCUCUCUAACUGGAAUUUCCGAGAUAAAGAAGAUUGGAUUUUUGCUGCUCGCGAAGAGAACAAGAUGGGACAAUAUAUUCGUAUUCUGGUUUCACAUAAUAAGGAGUAUCCGACGUCUCUGUUUUUUCCGGCAGGGGACACUGGUGUAGGAUGGUGGGAAACAGGGAUGAUACUUGAAAGUGUAUUGUUUGGAGUUUCAAAAUCAAAAGGGUGUAAGAUGAUGGAGGAAAAACCAGUUGUUAAUGUGGGAAAUGCUUGGUUAGAUGGAAACAUAAAACAUAAAUCUGACGGAGGUUCAUCUCUAGUGAAAUCUAACCCUGAACAAGUUGUUAAUUCUUCUUGGCAUCGUACUAUGGUUGUGCAAUUGGUUGAUAUAGAUUAUAAUUGGAAAGAAAUGGGAAGAUGGAUUAUGGACAUACUUGGGUGGAGUCUUAGCUUUGAACUUCAGCAAAUUGAUGAUCUUAAAGCAGUUUUCACUAUUAAUACUACGAAGGAAUUUAAUCGAAUUAGAGAUACUGGUUCAUGGAAAGUUAAUGAUAGAGAAAUUCGUAUUUAUCCUUGGAAUGAAAUUAUUAAUGCAAUCCCUAAACCCAAUCCUUGGAGCAUCAAGAAGAAAUGGAUCGGAGUGAAAGGAGUUCCUUUUAAUUUAUGGUGCUAUUCAACAUUCAAAUCUAUUGGUGAUAAAUUUGAGGGUUCGGUUGAAACAAGCCCCGAAUCUUCGAUGGCUACUGAUUUAUCUGAGAUCAAAGUCUCUUUUAAUGGCCCUGUUAGUAAUGGAGUUUGUUGUGAGGAAAUAAUUAUUGGUAGCAGAGGAUUUUGGGUUGAGAUUCGUUUGAUUGGUGAAGAACUUGAUCCAUCAAGACCCGAUAUGAAACCAAUUUCUAUCGUUAAGGAUCGGAUGGAGCCUAUUGCCGGUAAGCGAUGGAGAAGGAAACCAACACCGAUAACUGAGGAGGAGGAAGAAGAAGAUGGAAGACGUGGAAGUUUGGAAAUUGAAAAAUAUCAUGGGUGUACGAAAAAUAGUGUCGUUCUGGCUGAUGGAACAACAGGUAAUGGUCUGAAUGACGUGUCGCCACCUGUUCGUCUUGACUUUUCUAGUAAUAAUUCAAAUUUUGUAACUAUGGAGCCAGUAGAAAAUGUACGCACAGUAAUUUUAACUCAGAUUUUGUGGAUAAUACUUUCGUCGGGCCAAGCUCAGGUUGACAAGCCCGUUUGGAUUUAAAUACAGUGGAUAUGUCUAAGAAAGUUGUUAGUCCUGAUAGUGAGGAUUUAAAUUCAGAGAAUACGUCUAACAAAGCUAGUGGCUCUGUCAGCUUAAAUUCUUCCUCCCUGAGAAGCUUGAAAAAAAAGCUAAAGUGUAAAAUGUCUAGUGGGAUUUCUUCAUCCUCUAUAUCGCGUGGGUCUGUUAACGAAGGUGCUUCCAUCGGUGCAAAAGAUACUCUAAAGGCUCAUAUUGGUUGUUCAACAAAUGACUUGGUGGUCGAUAACAGCGACGAUGCUUCCUCUAGUACUAGUGGUAAUUCAAAAGUCAAAGAUGACGAGCCUAAUGAUGCGGUGAAAAUUGCAAAAGGAAUUGCAGCAAAAUUCAAUGCUUUUCAUGGAAAACUAAAAGACACAGGUAUUGAUUCCGGAAUUGUGUUAUCUAAAAACGAAAUUGCCUUUGUUACGAAAACGGUUCUCCUUUAUGCAAAUGCUUUCAAAGAUGAAUUGGUAACGAAGGCUUGUUAAUGGAGUUGUUUCUUUGGGGUUUUGUUCUCUUGGGUUGUAUUUGUAUUUGUUUUUAAUGUUUAACAUAAUAUCUUGGAAUGUAAAAGGUCUCGGGGAUCCGGAUAAACGGUCGAAGUUGAAAAAGCUUGUGAAGCGGUGGAAACCUACAAUUCUUAUUAUUCAAGAAACCGAGCUUAAUAUUUGCUCCGAUUUUAUUGUGCGUCAAUGUUGGGUCCGACGUCAUGUAGAUGGAUUGCUUUAAAUUCUUAUGGAAGAUCCGGGGGUAUAUUGAUUGUUUGGAUUACGGAUUUGGUAGAAGUUGAUGAUUUUUUUGAAGGUAUUUUCACGAUAAGUAUCUCUUGUCGCAACUUGGAAGAUAACUUUCGUUGAGUUCUUACCGACGUUUAUGGUCUUUGUAAUGUGCAAGAAAAAAAAAUGAUUUCUCUUGGAGUUGGCUACUUUGAGGAGCUAUUGGGAUGGUUUACCUUGGUGUAUCGGGGUGACGAAAUAAGAGUUAUGGAAAAAAGAAAGGGAUGUAGUAGAGCCUCAAAUUCUAUGAAUUGUUUUUGAUAAACUUUGCAAUGACCUCGAUCUCGUGGAGUUUCUUAUUCCCGGUGCGAAGUAUACUUGGAGUAGACCACCGAAUAGGAAGAGCAAGAUUGAUCGCUUUCUAUUCUCUCUCGAUUGGGAGGUGCAUUUUUCAAAUCUUAUCUUGAAGCGGCUUGCGAGACCUUUUUCGAAUCAUUUUCCUCUUGGGUUAUGCUCUCUUGUGACGGAUUGGGGAGCUUGUCCCUUUCGGUUUCAAUUAGCUUGGCUUGAAAAUACUAACAUAAUUUCUUUGAUGAAAGAGUGGUGGGAGUCUUUCUUUUUUGUAGGUUCCGCGAGUGAAUGCUUUUCUAAGAAGUUAAAUGCUUUGAAACAAAAAUUGAAAUCGUGGAACAAAGAUGUCUUUGGGAGUAUUGAUUAAGCCUUUGAUACGACUCUUGACAAGAUUAAAGAUUUGGAUGAUCUUGGUGAUGGAAGGGAUCUUACAAUGGCCGAAGAAGACAUGCUUGUCAUGGCUAGAGUUGAGUUUGAGACGGCACAUAGGCGUAAAGAUAUAUUGCUUCGUCAAAAAUCAAGAGUCAAAUGGAUCCGUGAUGGUGAUAGAAAUACCAAACAUUUUCACCGUGUGAUGAAGGGUCAUAGAGCUAUUAACAACAACAAUAAUCUUAGCAUCAAUGGUAGAUGGACCGGGAAAAAAGAUGAAAUCAAGAAGGCAUCGCAAAUCACUUUGAGAAAGCUUUCAAGGAAGAUUCAAAUGAUAGACCAAGAAUUAAAGAUAUGUGUUUAAGACAAAUCUACGAAGAUGCUAGAAUUUGGUUGGAGAGGCCGUUUAGUGAAAAUGAAGUAAAGAAAGCAAUUCAUGAUUUGGGUGUUGAUAGAGCUCCGGGUCCGGAUGGGUUCCCUAUAAAAUUUUAUAUUAUCGUUGCGACUUCCUUAAAGAUGAUUUGUUGAAGAUAUUCAAGGAAUUCCAUGAUCAUAAUAUUCUUGAUCUCUCUUUAAAGAACAACUUUAUUGUUCUCAUUCCUAAGAAGGUUGGUGUUGAGGAGGUCAAGGACUUUCGACCUAUUAGUCUUAUAUGAAGUGUUUACAAGAUCAUCUCCAAAGUUCUAGCGGAGCGAUUAAAGGUAUUUUUGGGAAAUAAACAUUUUUGGAAAUUUUGGCUCGAAAAGUUGUUAAAGGCACCCUGGAAAAUUACUAAAGGCACCUUCGUUUUGGAUAGGGCACCCCCAGAGCACCCUGUGUUAAAGGCACCCGCAGAACGGAUUCA